CCUUUCCUGCGAUCAUCCCCAGGCCCCGUCCCAGAUCGUGCCGGUCGCAUAUGCUUUUAUGCCCGUUUGCCGUCAGGAUUCCUGGAUAUUGGAGGGAGGACUGAUUGGAUUUCCUCACUGCGACGAGUCUUAGUGCUGCGCACUAACCUCCUUCAAGGCGGUGGUCCGGGACCCAGAGCUAAGCAACUUACUGGUACGACCUUAGUAACCUGCCUCCAUCCCAUCCCAUCCAUAGGAGGCGUGACUGCACUCUCUCCUCUUCCUUGCCGGCGCACCCCCCUUCUCGGCGGUAACCCUGGUGGUCAUUGUCCCCGACUCCUCAUCUUCUCGCCACUCUCCUUCCUACCCCCCGGUUUCUGUCCCUGUCGUCCCCCGUGAACCUCGCUCUGCUACCCUCAAUGCUCGGAGGGAGCUUGGAGCGAGAUUCCUCUCCAUCAAACUCAAAGACGGCCACCGGAGAAGCGCCCAUGCCUAUCGCGACGAGCCACCCCGACUUCAAUCCUGAAUCGUCGCCUCAGGACCAACUCGCCAGCACAGAUGCGUCGCCUUUGUCAACCCAUCUAGAGCCCUCCAAUGCGGUUCAGGAGUCUGUCGCACCGGCUCAAGGCUCCGUAGGCGACUCGGCAGCCACUUCGACCGACGCACCGAAGAAACAGCACACGCUGCUGCCCAUUCCGUCGCGUGCAUCCUUAAAGGCAGACCGGCAAUCAACAUUGGACAAGAGCCAGGAUACCGCCCAUGAUGACUCCGAGAAUACUCUUCGCGGUUCGAAAAGAAGCAUAUUCAAGGGUCGGAGGGACAGGAGCAGAGGCAGCAGUAUGAGGUCACGUCGGCAAAACCAGGAGGGGGCGAGUCUGGAGGAAGACAAGGCAGCGAGUCCUGACCUGCGUGAACCGGUCAGACCCGAAAGGAGGAACAAGGUCUCGUAUAGGCUGUUCGCCUUCUUGAGUUGCUGUUCCUCGUCCAGCGAUGAUCCGGAAGAUCCUGCCAUCCCAGCCAAGAGGACUUCCAGACGGCCAUCAGUUCCAAACACACAACCUGCUCCGGAAAAGACGGACGCCAAUGCGGGUGAUUCGAGCACCGCGGAAUCCAAAGACCCGAGCUACUACCGGGACGAGAAACCCAACAUGACCGUGACCUCGAAUCAGUCUAUGACCCAGGUAGACGAAGAACGCACUGUGACCACUCCCGACCAGGGCUCACAGCUCGACGGCGCAGGAGUACCUUCUAAUUCACUUGAGACCGACCAUGGGCCAUCUCUGCCACAGGACAAUGCUGCGUCUCAAGGUCCUGGGGUCGGUCAGAGUACUCUGCCGGCCGCCACGACCGCCGAAGUAAACCUGAUAUCCAGCGAAACGGAGGAUCUCGCCCAGGAAACGGAAGAUCCAGGAACUACACCGACGGAGAAGACUCAAGACGCUGUGGCGACUGACGAGUUGCCUAAGCCACCGUCGUCAGAAACUAGCUAUGAGGAUGAGAAGUAUACUUCACACGAUGAGGAGGCAACAGUACUACCAGCCGAAUUACCUCCACUGAUGGCUCCAUCUGGGAAUCAGGCAGACACGCUAUUACAGGACGUGCAACAACAAUUCCUCUUGCCUCCAGCUCUGCCUCAUCUUCGAGACAGGAAGUGCUUGGUUCUCGACCUGGAUGAGACGCUCGUUCACAGUAGCUUUAAGGUUCUUGAACGUGCUGAUUUUACCAUUCCUGUCGAAAUCGAGGGCCAGUACCAUAACAUCUACGUGAUCAAACGACCGGGUGUCGAUCAAUUCAUGAAAAGGGUCGGCGAGUUAUAUGAGGUGGUUGUUUUUACCGCCUCCGUUUCAAAGUAUGGGGAUCCUCUUCUGGAUCAACUGGACAUCCACAACGUUGUCCACCACCGACUGUUCAGGGAUAGUUGUUAUAACCACCAAGGCAACUAUGUCAAGGAUCUCUCCCAAGUAGGUCGCGACCUGCGCGAUACGAUUAUCAUCGAUAAUUCCCCGACUUCCUAUAUAUUUCACCCUCAACAUGCGAUACCCAUCAGCAGCUGGUUCUCUGACGCUCACGAUAACGAGCUUCUUGAUCUGAUUCCUGUUCUUGAAGACCUUGCGGGGGCACAGGUGAAAGACGUCAGUCUGGUUCUCGACAUUGCAUUGUAAUGCCUGUAACUCUACACUGUCCGGCAUUUCUAUACAGCAUGCUUCUUCACUUUGUGGGUCCAGUCGGUUUUGAAAAGAAAGAGUCGUCCGAUAUUUGGUUCAACUGCAGCCAGGACAUCCUGAGGGUCAGAUUCAGUCUCUCCCGGGCGUCGAGGCUUGCGGUAGUUGCACGGUGAAGAUGUGUCAUCCUUUUCUUUAUCUUUUUUUAUUUCCCUUUAUUUUUUCUUUUGAUUCCCGUUUCCCUUGUCUAUUGCACCUUUUUUCGAGCACCG